CCUACGGAUCAGCACUCAGCACUCCUUGACUUGCACGUCUCUCUCUCUCUCUCUCUCUCUCUCUCUCUCUCUCUACAUCUCACUCUUUCACACAAUCACACACAUAUGCUCCCUAUAAGUAGCACUCGCUCACCAAGAUCAGCAAGCUUCCCAUUUCAAAUUCAUCAAUAUCCCAGCCAAGUUGCAUUUGACUGCAGUUUGUAAGUUGCACUUGUAGUUGUAGCAUGGGAGGAGCUACAAACUUACCUCCAGGUUUCCACUUCUUCCCCUCGGAUGAAGAGCUCGUCGUCCAUUUCCUCCGUCGCAAGGUCUCCCUCCUCCCAUGCCACCCUGACAUCAUCCCGACGCUGCUUCCGCAUCGGUACAAUCCAUGGGAGCUGAAUGGCAAAGCACUGCAAGCUGGGAACCAGUGGUACUUCUUCUGCCAUCUAACACAAAGUAGGACCUCAUCCAAUGGGCACUGGAGCCCCAUUGGAGUUGAUGAAACAGUAAGAAGCGGCGGCCGCAAUGUUGGCUUGAAGAAAACGCUGCUAUUCUCCAUUGGAGAGCCCUCUGAAGGCAUCAGAACCAACUGGAUCAUGCAUGAGUACCAUCUGCUAGACGGGGAUUGCGUCGCUGGCGGUAGCAGCAACUUGACUAGCUCGAGCUCUAACAGGAGGUCUCAUAGGAAGAGAGGCCACUCAAGCAUGGAGUCCAACAACUGGGUGCUGUGCCGAGUGUUCGAAUCGAGCUGCGGUUCACAAGUGAGCUUCCACGGUGAGGGCACCGAGCUUUCAUGCUUAGAUGAGGUGUUUUUGUCACUAGAUGACUACGAUGAAGUAAGUUUGCCGAAUAAAUAGAAAUAUAGAACCUAGCUAAGUCAGUACUCGUUAGAGCUGACAGUAGGUCCUAUGCCUAUCAAACCAUUUGAUUAGCUAUGGCCGGGUUAUGUUGAUGAUAUCUAUACAUAAUCUGUUGCAUUAUGAAUAAUUAAAUGGUCUGGGAGGCAUUGAACCCAAUCCAGUCCAUCCUAGAUAAUUACCAUGUAAUUAGUUAUCCCCCAACGAGUAUGUUGGGCUUGUGUCAGACAACUGUGGCAUAUGUGUGAAGCACAAGUCGCUUCUAAAAAGAUGAGUUUUUUUUUCUCGUUUCUCGCAUAUGGUGGUCUACUUUGGCUCAUGAAGCAUUCAAAAUUUUAAUAUAAUCAAAGCAUGCACUUCAUGCAGCUUGUGGUA